GCUCUCUCUCUUCUUCUCCUUCACCUCUCUCUCUCCUCCCUUCACUUCUCGCUCUCUCUCUCUAGCACGGGUUGAUCUCCGACGACGACUGAAGCUCUGACGGCCGGCCGAUUUGAGCUUUGAUGUUCGAAUUAGGGAUUCAGUGAGGGCCUACGAUUAUGUUAAUGUCUAAACUUUCAAGAGUUGGAUUUUUGUUGUUUAAAGAGCUCUCUAGAGGAAAAUCUAGAGCCAUAACUGGAGCUGGAUAUACACAGAGGCCUUUUAGCCAAUAUUUGCAAACGCUGCAGUCAGAAAUUAAGGUGUCAAAAGGAGCAAUCUUUCAGAAGUAUCGCCAUUUUUCUUCAGCAGCGACCAAAGAUUCUUCCGAGGAGGGGAGUGAAGAGGAACAAGAGAUAUCUGUGACAUUUGUUGAUAAGGAUGGAGAGGAGAAGCACGUUAAGGUUCCAAUUGGAAUGUCGAUGUUAGAAGCUGCUCAUGAAAAUGAUAUUGAACUUGAAGGAGCAUGCGAAGGCUCACUUGCCUGUUCAACGUGUCAUGUAAUUGUGAUGGAUGUAGAGUACAACAAUAAACUAGAAGACCCAACCGAUGAGGAGAAUGACAUGUUGGACCUAGCUUUUGGGCUUACGGAAACGUCUCGUCUGGGUUGUCAAGUUAUUGCAAAACCAGAACUAGAUGGAAUGCGAUUAGCUAUUCCUGCCGCUACUCAAAACUUUGCUGUUGAUGGGUAUGUUCCAAAACCACACUAGACGUGAUAAAAGCGACACUGAAGAGAGAUGGUUAAAGUUUUACAGAUGUAAUCAUCCCCAUUUUUGCAGCUAAUAUUUUUUCUGUGAUAAAAAUAUGCCUUUGUGGGCAUAUCUUUUUUCUUUUCUUUCUGUUUUUUUUUUUGGGUUUCUAUUGAUUAUUGCGGUUCUAAUUAUAUUGCUGAGUGUAUGCAAUAAAACAAAGGUUUUGUUUUUUUUAUUCCCACUCUUCCAAGAUGCACAGGAUCUGCAUUUCAGCCAAAUUCUGGACUCAAA